AUGAGGCCCCAGCGUCUGAGUUUCAGUGGAGAUGGAGAAGGAGAAGACGAAGAAGAUAAGCAACAAACUACUCACGAGGCAGACGAAGAAACCGAUUCUGACUCAGACUCCAAAAGCGAAGAAGAGGAAAGCACAGCAGCAGUACCUCCGAAGAAGACCAAGUUGAAUCCACCGCGUGAAGAAGAAGGACCCGUAUCUGGAAAAGAGGAGUCGGAGUGCUCUGCCGCAAAACCUAGCGUGAAGAACACCCCUUUCUCUAAGAUAUUCUCCGAAGAGGAUGAAAUCGCUCUGCUUAAAGGCCUCGCCGUUUUCUGGGCUGACGGGAGGAACAACAAGUGGACCGAGUUUUACAACUUCAUCAAGGACAAUCUCCAGCAUCAGUUUACCAGAACUCAGGUGUCUGAGGAGAUUCGUAGGCUCAAGGGCAAGUUUGAGAACAAUUUUAAAAAAGCUCGCGCCAAUGGGGACUGGCUUGAUUUGUUGGACGCCCAUGAAUCCGCUGUGUUUGAUGUGUCGAAGACACUGUGGGGAGAAGAUAAAUGCGAAGCUGGGGACAAACAUGCUGAAAAAGAAAAGGAGACACCACAAAAGGGAGACAGAAGCAGAUUCCAAAAGAAGAGAAAACGGGCUGGGAAAGAGCAUGAUGCAGACAAAGAGAUAAUGAAGAACCAAAAAAAAACGGGGAAGAUUGACAAAGAGGAGUUUGCUUCUGCGUACCCACUCGUGGCAUUGUCUUUGAAUGAAAAUGGAUAUCCCAACUUCAUCAAGGAGAAAUUCCUUUUGAUUGGCAGAGAGAAGUUACAGGAGCUGGAAGAGAAGUGGAGGGAUGUGAAAGCUGCAGAGCUUAGCCUGGAGCUUAAAAGGAUUGAUUUGAUUAGGAGGGACUUGCACAAUCUACUCUGA